CUGGGCCUCAGUGCCUGAUAUAGAUUAACCUAUGGUACGUAGUUCAUUGGGUUUGCUGUUUUUGCUCAUGAUUCCUUCCAUAGCCUUCUGAUUAUUACUUGUUUUGUCCGUCUUUUGUAAUAGAUAGGAGAAGGUGCUGAUGAUCAUUAAUGUGCGGUAAAGGUGAACGUCAAUGUCCAGGUUGAGGAGGUAAAUGAUAUAGUUUGUAACUUCUAUUCUUGUUUUCACGAUCAUUAUUCUUCAUGUCGCUUGAUCAUGCUGCCUCGUAGCCCGACGACUCGUCUAAAGCAAUUCCUGUUCAGGAGCGGGAGCAGUAACAAAAGCCUCGGCGAUGGAGUGCGAGGUGGUGCGAGCGACUCGCUCAAUGCUCUUAAUGGUGAUGAUGUGAGCGGCCCACCGGGUGGGGGGGCGGGACGCCUCGAUGUUAGCAGGGAGCGUAUUGAGGACAAUUCUGGCGAGGGCGACUCAGGAGAAGUUCCAGCCGAUGAAGAACAGGAGACACCGUCGGGAGUUAACAACGAGAGCACGACAGCAGGCACCUACGACAAUGAAGAAGAGACGAACAAGAAUGAGCAGGAUACGCGGACCAGUCCCAGAGGCAGAAAAGAUAGAAAAGACACUGCGACAGAUUGGUAUAAUCACGGCGCUCAUCAAGAAGAUGAAAAUAAUGGUCCUGAAGUCCUCGUCGAGUGCAAACUACAACAAAUUGAAAGAGCUGGAAGACUAUCGAACAUUGAAAACGGAGCCAGAACAAAGUCUGCCCAAGAAGGUGACCCUGUAACUACUAUUUCCACGUGCAGUUCUUCGAGCUCGCAGGUUCAGCAGCAGGAGGAUGGCACACAUGAGGAAAGCAGUAGCUCUGCUGCGUCUCGUGUAAACCAGGUUCGGGAUUCUUCCUCUUCGUAUGCGGAUAAGCCGCGUCAUGCUCUAUCUGCGAUGCUUCCGAGGCCUGGGAAUGGUAGACGCAGUGGUCAUGACGAUCUUGUUCCCCCGAGAAAAAGCCGAUCUCCGAUGCGCGCCAGCGGUAAAAAGAAAAAGAGCAAAAUGAAGGAACAACUUCGCGCACCAGUACCUGCAGCUGUAGAUUUGUCGGAGCUAGGGCAAUGGCGGCUACAAAGUCUUGCGGACGAGGAUAGCUCCUCUGAAGAUGAGAACGCUCACGCUGCUGCCAAUGAAAGCUUAGAUAACUCAGGAGGGGAAGCGGCUGUGGUCCGAGCUGCAGAGACACGGACGGAAGGAAAUAAUUCAGGUCAAGAACAGAGCGGUUUAGCUUUAGCGGGACUCGACCAUAUCAUCGUUGGAAGUGAGCACCAGGAGUACUUGCAGCCAGGUUCAUCUGUAAACACUAGAAGUGGAACAAGAGCUCAUAGAGAACACCUGACCGGCCGCGGUGAAGAGGGAAGCUCUUCCCGGCACCCGCCCGCUCCCCUUGUGCCUCUGGACAUGAUCGAGACGAGUUUGGGAGUGGAAGCGGCGCGGCGGCUCAAGGAGGAUGUCGAACAACAACAGCAGCGGAUGAGUGCAGCGGCCUCGAGCUCUACACCAGGCGUGGCAUCGGCACUGAGCUCAACUGCGAAAGAACUUAUGCUUCUUCCCGCCCGCGUGAAUUCCACUGUCGCUGCAACAGCUGCGUCGGGGAACAGCUCUCUGAAUAUGAUCACCAGUUCCCUAGUGAGUAGCUGCUCAACGACCUUAAGCCAGCCGACUCUGCUUCUGAUUGAAUUUUGGCAACUUCCCAUGUACCAUUUGAGCGAAUUUUUAGACAUGCGUGACUCCGUAAGCCUGUCGCUCACGUGCAAAGAGUUCUACGAGAGUCGGCGUAUAGCACACGUUCGGCUAAGUCCCCAAUUGUUGAAUCGACGUCAAUUCGACCGCUGGCUGCCAGAGGAUGCCCGUGACGGCGUUCUCUCCCUGGGUCUCAGCAACAUUGUGCUCGAUGUCCGUUCCUUUCGUUAUCUGAAGCACUUCAAAAUCAACCUCGACAUGUCCAAAAAACUCCGCAGGAGUAUCGUGCCAACGGUAACUAAAAACUACUUUGUCUUUCUUGUGCUAGGACUGAGAUUUGACCCUUCUUACACAAUUAGACUGACACUGAGUUCUCCUAAUAAAGCAAAUGCGAUUAAAUCUCUAUAGCGUUUUCUUGCAACUCAUCGUGUCUUGCAAGAUACAAACACUAUGAAAAAUUUCAAAGGUAACAACGGACAGCAUAGUCCCGCACCUCAACCUUCCUGUUUUGGAAGAACUUUGUAUGGAUUCGCUUACAAAGCUUCCCGAUCUGACAGCAGCGCGAAAUCUGAGGCAUGUUUUCCUUGCUUUCCGAUACGACACGACAGAAUCUCCAGAGCCACUAAGGUACGAAGAAAAUACACAGCCAAACUUUACACUGAGCACUUUCUAGAAAUACAGCACGUUGAAGAUGUUCUUGAUAUAAUUGAAUGACAUUCGAAAGCAUUCAUUCUGAUAUCUGUGAUUCGAUAAAAAUUGUAUUAACUCAUGAAGAUAGACGAAGAAAACGAUUUUGUUUCCAUUGCAAGUCGUCGCAACAUGUUGACUCAAUUAUCUAACACCGUAUCCUUGAUGAAGAUAUUGAGUUCCGUUUUUUAUCACAGUUUCAAAUGCGGCUCUACCAAGUUGCGGUCGAUACAGCUGGCUUCCUGCAAUGUCGCCCAUGCCACAGCUCUAGACUUUCCACCUCUCUCCGCUGGUGACAUAUGCGCAGUGAUCUCGCAGCUCGAGAGGCCAGAUAAGCUUCUGCAUCUGCGUUUGCGACGAAUACGCAUCACAGAUAACGUACUGCUAUCUUUUUUCCAGAUGCAAAAAUCAAUGGCGUGUUGGUCCCGAAAUUUUAUUCGAUUAUGAGUUGCUUGCAAACUUACUAGAUGCAUGAAUACUGUCAGACCACGUCUCUAAGGCAAGCAUGAACGAUGGUAACAGGGAUAACAGCAUGCGUGCCUGCAUUGAACUACUCCUAUACCUAUCCUACUAAGAGACUUGAUGUUACUUAUUCAAUCUUUAUCUUUCGAAAUUGAAAUCUCAUGCAUUUUUAUAUCUCAGGUUCGUGAGCUGUGUGGUUUGGUAGCUUCCGAGUGCUCGCGCAUCCGCAUGUUUACGUUUACCACACAGCCUCUGGCGUUAAGUUUUGUUGACAUGUUGCGUAUAAGGCUUGAACUGGGUUUAGUCGCUUUCUCAGCUCGAUCCAACGGUGCCGCGACAGCUGAUGUGUGGCCAAAUUUCUGGCCAAGCAUGCGGUAUUUUUGGCCGAAAGGCGUUGAAAGCAUCACGCCCUUCACGGUUUUCUCGACCGAUUUUGCCUUCGACGAGUUAAACAUCAAUGCAGAGGAAGAGUGGGACAGGCUCUCGCAGCGACAGCUUCUCCGGUACGAGGAAAUCACCGCGGAAGUUCGAAGAAUCUACAACGAAACCUAUCCUCUGAAGCGGUACAAGCUUGUGGAGCGAGCGAAAGACAUUGGUGGUCGUGUAUUACGGGCUGUUACGGGUGUCCGCGCAGGUGUUCUCUCCGGAGCGUCGGCAAUUCAGAAUUCAGCUGCGUUCCAAAACAUUGUCUCCACUGCAGCAGAGCGCACUUUGCUAGGGUACGGGCAAAAUAACAGUAGUAGUACCACAUCAGCAAACGAACUAGGGGUAGGGGAGGUGCCUGCACAUUCUGAGACUACAACCGAGGUCGACCGAACGACUGCUGGAGAAAAUGGAAUGAGUGGAGUGGCAGCACCGGGCACCACUGGAGCAGUAGACCCGUCAUGGCUAGUAUCCGGACCGGCGUCUGGAUGUGGGACAACAGGCACAAGUAGUCGCUCCGUAUCAACAAACUUCUCAACCGGAGCUGGUAACUUUUCGCUUGCUUCCGGAGGAGCAGCAGGGGUUGUAGUGUCACCGUCGUCGCCAGAAGGAGCAACAGGGCAAGUCUUUAACUAUAAUCCUCGUCUAGAGAGUACGACGACGGUCGCAACAACUUCUGCGGCAGGUGAUCCGACGCCAGCGACAUCUGGAUCGGCAGCCUUGGGACUAAGUGAUGGGGCCGCAUUCGCAUCGAGACCUGGAGGAGAUGCAGAUCAGAAUAUCACUUACACUUACAGUAGCGGACUCCCAACGUCCAUGACUUCUGCCUGUCCGUCCUUGCCUCUAACGGCUUCCCGGCGACGCCCCGUGCCAAUAGUCGGUGGGCGGCCGCUUGACUACGCAACUGUUUUGCUCAAUUCCCCAGAAACACACGAGCUCCUCGUUCAUGAUGCUAACACGGCCUUGCUUGAGGCCAUCGACAUGGUGCCAAGCGACGCGGCUCUGGCAGCGCGGGCGCUGGAGCCCGGUCUGGUUGGGGGGAUCGCUUCAGAAGCAGCGCGGCGAGCAAGCGUGGCGGCUAACAGUAGGACGGGAGGAGUCUUCGUUGCAGGAGCAGACGCGGUGGAACACCGAGAAGCGGGGGCUCACCGCAGGAGCCCGUCAAGGCGUGGAAUCGGGAUCGCGCGUGCCCUCUUCGGAGGUUCGUGGCGCGCUGGCUCGGACAGUGCCCCUCCUACGAGGAGUCGUGGCAGCAACAUCGUGGGUAGGGGAGCGGCCUGGAGCGCGGAAGCGGGGGCACUCAUGCUUUCCGGAGCUACAUCCGCUGUCCUAGGAACCACAAUGCGGAGGGUAGAAUCACGCGGGGGCUCGCCUUCAGCCAGGGCAGUCUUUGUGGAUUCGCCACGGGCCGAAGCUGCUCGGCAUGGUGCUGCUGCGCGGGCGCUGCUUGAGGCCAGGGGACGUGCCGCGGAAGCAAGGAACUCGCGGCUAUUUAGGCCCCUGAGGUUCGCACUUUCGCUAUCGCCAGCGCGGAAGCGGGCACUGCAGGGGCCAGCGACUGAUAGCACCCGACGCCAGGCACGUGAAGAAGAUGCCCCUCACGAGCAACAGAGAGAACAAGUUGUUGAGGAAACUUGUGGUAUUGCGGGCAGACAGCCGGGUGCUGAUGUUGGAAGUCCAAUAUUUAGCAUAGCAAGUGGCGAGGCUAUCGGGCGCAACGCGGAUAGAGUGGGAGGAUCGGGACAAGCAGGACAACAAGCAGAGAGAACAGCCGAAGCAGAUUGCGGUACUCUAAGUGUAGUUGACCUGGCUCAAAAUCAAGAUACGACUGAACAAGAUGCAGCGACAGGAAAUGCAAAUGGUUCCACCUUGCCGGCUCUUCCGCUUUUGCUGACACCCGGAGAGGAGGACAAAGCUCGUACUCUUUCUCCAGAUCACAGUGCUGAGGUGAUGCUCAUUACGAAUUGGUGCGAAAAAAAGCUAGGGUUGGAGGUAAAUCGACCUCGUGACAUUCGGAAGGAAAUCUAUGAGGACCUCCCAGAAAAGGCGCAUGAGGAGCAGGACCCUAAUACGGAUAGCGACCUGGAUUUUCUCUACGAUGUCGAGCAGGAAUAUUUCCGAAAGAAGGGCGGGGGUGGCUGUGCUCAGCUUUUUCGGAGUUUCUUAGGGCCUUCAGCAGGAACCGGUAAAGAUCUGUUGCAACGACGAGAUCAGGUCUCUCGCACUGGUUUUCCUGCUUCUGGAGGAGCAGGUGAAGGAAUAGCUGCAAAUAGUAGAACGGCGGAUGAGAAUUUAGAAAGCGCACUUGCGAUGCUGUCUCCGAACACGGCGGUGUGUGCCCUGCUAGAUGCCAGGGAUCAGGAGACGAAAAUUUCUGGUUCAUCUUCACUGGAGAUUCAGCUAGACAGCAGCACCUCGACGACACGAACUGAGUCAAAUCCCAAGAGCGCUGGAGAGUUGUUUCCUUCGUCAGAUUUGACGAAAUGCACCUCGGUGGAACGACAUCAAGCGCCGUCCCUGGCUGGGUUGUCACUAGAGAACGGUAUGAGUCCCCCGUAUGUUUCUCCGCUGGAGCGAGAAGAUGGCUCGGAUGGCCAGUUCGAUGAGUUGUGCGACGAAGCGCGGACAGCGACAGUCGUCUCUGAAAGGGGUGGAAGUAAGUAUUCGAAGGUAGUAUCGCCGUCGCAUCAUCUUCGAGGAGGGCAGGCUCGCGGCUUCCCCGGUCUCGCAGGGCCAAGCGCUCUGACAUCGACAGCGGCACAGCAGGUGCUUUCUAGAUCGCCUUCGGGCGCGAGCAGUCUCUACGGCAUCUCGAGUUCGGGCAGCUCAUCUUCUGGGGACGGCUUGCACCUGUCAGACGGAAGACCCUCGUCUUCAUCAUUUUCGUCGAGUGGAAGAUCACAUCUUCCUCAAGGAAGAGGUGAAGAUCUUCAUGCCUUGAAUCCUCCCCACUCAGGAUUAGAUGCGAGAACAAGCAGAGCUUUUUUUGGAGGAUCUUCUGCAGGCGUACCAGCUCCAAGUGCGUCGUCGUCGUCGUCAGCGCCUUUGGCAGUAUUGCUACAACACGAUACAACAACUACAACACCAACAUCUCUACAACAUGACGCUGGUGCAACCUCAAGUACUAGUGCAACAGUGACACCCAGCGGAAGCCGUCCAGUGUCGAGGGAUCAACAGCAGCGACGAGAUCAGCAGGUGCAGAAUAGUCUAUUGCGGCCGCUCGACUCAACCUCGCCCACUGCCAGAGGUGCUGCAGCCGAUGACGAUUUCCUAUCAGUUGUGAGUGUGCGGGACCUCGCGGAUCGGGACGAACAAGAAUUGAAUGAAGUUACUCCUGCGCAAUCGAAGGGGACAUCCUACUAUCCGGACGAUGGCGCGUGAACCCGUAUGAUGUCCCAAGCGUCACACCCCUCGUUUGCCUUUGACAAGAUCCGUAUCGCUGUCCUUCUUGUAGAAGUCAGUGUAGAUGAUGUACUUACUUAUAUAUAAUAUGAUGAUACUCGGUUGGUUGAGGUAGCUAGGCGCAUACACCCUGCUUCGGUGUAACAAAUGGUAUUUGAUUUUAGCGGGGCGCUCUUCACACAAACAUAGAGGACGCUCCCACUUAAGUAGCACAUAUGGGAGUGUUGUUCCUCAUGUAUUUAUCUUCAUAGCACAUCCGCAUACUGAUUAUACGACGUUGAUUUAGAUUUUCCCUAUGCGCACGGUCAUUAUUCAUAGCAGGUGUAGUACUUCCAGUUCCACGCGCACGCCGCGCGCGGCGCCGCUGCUAGUCUACGUAAACUGAUAUGGUUGUCUAUCCUCAUUCCAAAGGCUCUUCCUAUUGUUCAGAGGAGAGUGAGUGUUGUAGUUCCGGGAGCUACGAUGCGAAUUAAUCGCGGAACCAUCUCCAUCGGAUUCCCUUUCCACUGUGUAUAUUUGUAUCGACAUGCUGGUUCUUCAUUUGUGUAGUUGUAAUUGUAUUUCACUGCUGGGCAAGACGAGGACUAAAGCGUUUAUCCAUCUACACUUUUUUGACAUCUUCUAGUUUGUACAAAACAUCUGAACUACUAUGGGGUACAUGAUAUCUGUAUAGACGUUUUGCGGAGACUAACUCACUGUAUACCCAUUUUUUAAUCACUUUGUUGGUUUAGCUAACUUUUUAUCUUAUAUUGACAUAGUUAGAGGAAUAGGUUUUUCUGCGACGUAAACGUAUUAAGAGUGAGAGAUGCAAAGAAUCAGAGAUGAACACAUCUUCUUCAUGGAAUGGCAAGAAACUCACCUAAUUACUAAGCGACUGACGCCUUUACGAUGAAAUGAAUACAAAAUCCGCGAUAGCAUCUGUGAAAUCAGGACACAACUUGCCUCGAAUGGAGAAACACGAGAGUAUCCGACAAUAAUGCGUAAUCCAAAUCACGGAAGAGUUAUAUCAACAUGAAUGACAAGAACGGCAGACAAACACUGAAGCUGGUGUGGUCUGUUGAGCAGGUGAUUGUCGUUGCUGAAAGUUUCAGAAGAAGUGGCAGGCACGAUCCUUGAGAAGCAAGCGGGACGAUGGAUAGGUAAUCGUGGAAGUAGAUUUAAUAUUUGUUUCGCUGUUGUAUAUAUUCAUUUGCAUACGUUUUCUUGUGGCAAGACUCACGGGGAAAAUCGCUCCACGCCUAUUUACAGCGUCCAGACGAUGAGUGACUGAACAAACCGGUCAGUAUUUCGUGCCUACUUCUCGUCCGCGUUCAUCGGCAGCUAGGAAGUUGUCAUCUUCUAAGUACCCACAAGCAUAAGCCAUCC